AUGACCAAACGUGGAGGUUGGUUGAUAAUCCGAGUAGACUUCCGGUAUUGCUUGGGCGGUGGAGUCUUCGGCUUCGCUGGAGUGUUCACUGGAGAUGACGUGUACCUCUUUGCUUUCCACUCUUUAUAUUUCAAAACAUUAUUUCUCGGAAAGUUUGAAGAAUCCGAAAAAUCAGAGAUCGAGUUAAAGGAUAUCGGUUCUUGGGAUUUCCAGAAUUUUCUAGAUUUGAUUUACGGAGAAGCUUUUGUUGAUGACGAUACUGUCAUGGGAAUUCUGAAACUUGCUGAUAUGUACGACUCGAAAACUGCAAGAUUCCGGUGCCAAGAUUUUUUGAUUGAGCAUUCAAGCCGAUCAUUAAAUGAGAAAUUCCAGCUUUCACUCCAAUUCAAACUGGAUGGCCUCAAGAAAAAGUUUUUGUCCGAAGUCAAAACAUAUAAUGAUCUCCGCUAUGUUAUUCCAUCGAAUCAUUCGGAUUUGGACACGUCUGUCUGGGAAGAAUUGUUCCUAAAAAGUAUGGAUCUUCUUCUCGAAAAAGAACGAAAAUUUGGUGUUUGA